GAGCAAAUAUGAAAAGUCAGGAGAAUUGAAAAUUAUUUUUGAGUGCUGGUGAACUUUUGUUCAUAACAAAUGCAAAAUUUGCAAAGCAGCAGUUUGUAGUGGCAAUGGAGAAGCCAUUGUAAUUUCAAGGAGUUUACUGACUCAUUUUGAUUUCUCCUUCAUAUUAAGAAAAGUCUAGAAUUUUGUAGUUUGCUCUGAGCAAGCAUGCUUUGGUUUUUUUUACUCUUGUUGCUGAAUAAAGGAGAAAGCGGGGGAGCUUCACAUACGGUAGCUUCAAAGAUUUUCUCACUAUGAAAGAUUCUUGCUUUCCAUCCCAGAGUCACAUGCCAUCCAGUCAAGGUCAGAUUUUACAGUCUCCUGACCAAGUUUUGAUAAAAACCUUGGGAUUGUUGUUGGUUAUUGGGAGCUUCUGCACAGACCUUUGCAUUGGUUACUGUGGAAAUUUGCCACCCCUUAGUUAUCUCUGCAGUCAUUAUUAAGAAGCUCCUGGCAGCUUUUAAGAGAUCGGAGACUCAUAUUACGUGAAACCAGAAUCAGCAGAAAUUGGGAACAGACAUGCAAAAGAACAGCUGGACCAAAGAGUGAGUGGUGCUGGAUAUGUGAAAGCAAAAAUGAGUUUGGAUCUCAAAAAUUCUGGUAAAGGACUCGAAGGAAAGCUAUCAAAAGACUUACAACCCAUUAAUAGUGCUUUAAUACCUCUUGAAGAGCGUGAAAAGAUCACUAUGCAAUUUAAAGCCACAGCUAAUAUUGGUGAGAAAAGAAGCAUUAUGGAGCCUAUAGUUGUCUUCUCUCGUAAAGAACAGUCUGGCAUGAGUGGCAGUGAUCCUGAUGACAAAAAAAGGAAGAAGUUGUCACAUGAUUUGGGGAUCAUAAACAUCAAAGAGAAGGAUAAAAAAAAAGAUAAAAUGGAGAGCACCAAGUUGAAAAAAGUAAUUAUAAAACAUAUAAUGGAGGAAUUCAAGGAAACCACGAAACCUGCAGAAUGUUCUUUCCUACAUAAAAAACCCCCACUAAGAUUGAGUGAAUUCACCAAGAAAAUGAACUGUACCAAAACCCAGAAUGUUCCAAGUUUACCUUUUAGUUUCACAGAUUCUAAAGUGCACAUGCAGGCUUGCAACAAAGAUAAUCUUGAAAAAGAGAAGCAUCUUUCUUUAGAACUUUCCAGCAAAAAUGGUAAAGAAGUCAAAUGCACACUCUCGUAUCAUCUGGCAAAGCUCCCCAAAUGUUGGAAGUAUAAAAAUGAAGAACCAACACCUACUGAUUCAGAGAAGAAUAUUUGUAAUUCAAGGAUUCAAGGAAAUGAAUUUGAACCUGUCACAUUUCAUUCAAGUUGGAGUUCCAAAUCCUCAUGUUCUUCCCUUGAAAACAUCGAAAAUACAGAUGUGGACCAAGAGAUGCAGAUUGUAGAAGACUUACAUGCAGCUCGCAUUGAGAAGAAGAUGGAUCUGCCUGUCGUGCAGGCUUGUGGAGAGUUAACUUGCAUGGAAAUAGAUCUUGCAGAUGAUGAAUCACAUAUAUCCUCUAAUAUUUUCUCUGGGUUGAAUACUUUGAUUGUGAUUGAUACUAAUAUAAUGAUCAGCCAUUUGACAUUCAUCAAAUCUUUGAAGAAUGCAACUAUCCCAGGCAUAGGCAAAUUUUUGCUAUUAAUUCCCUGGGUAGUUCUGCAAGAACUGGACAACUUAAAGCGAGGGAAGAUAUUGGAAAACGUUAGGCAAAAAGCAAUCCCUGCAGUUCACUUUAUCUAUACGUGCCUGAAAAAUCAAGAUCCAAAGUUGUGGGGUCAAUCCAUGCAGCUUGCUUCUCAAACAUCACAAAGUUUCAGUACUGAGAACAAUGAUGAUCGUGUGUUACAAUGCUGCCUUCAGUAUCAGAAUCUCUAUCCUCAAGCUGAAGUAAUCUUGCUGACGGAUGAUAAAAAUUUGUGCAACAAAUCCCUAGUGAGUGAAAUAAAGGCAUAUAGUAAAGCAGAUGUAGUUGCUGCAUUCCAGAAAAUGACUCCAAAGGGCACAAUUAUUAGUGAAGAUACUUCCAAUAACAAAUGGGAAAAAGGGUCCCCAAACCCCCAGGCUGCAGCCCAUUCAGAAUCAAGCUGCGGAAAUGGCGGAUGCAUGAUGGAACCAUCCCUUCAACCCCCCACUUCAGCUGCCAGUCUGCAAAGCUGGAAAGAUAAAUACCCCAAGAAGACUGAAACGAGUUCUACUAAUCGUCUUUCAGAAAUUAUUUUUGAUAUGGAAAAAAGCUUGGGAGAUGUUUUAUCUUCUAUUUUAGAAACAGAAUUGAAGAUUGCUUUUGGAGAUCUAUGGAUUGAGGUAGUAUAUCAUAAACCCCCUUGGACAUUAGCAAAUGUGUUGGAGUGUUACAAAAAACAUUGGGUGGCUGUUUUUGGACUAUUUAUAUCAAGAAGCCUUUUUUCAACUAUUGAAUAUCUCUAUGCACAUCUUUGUAAAGAUAAAAUAAUUGAAUAUUCAACAGUGAGGAAUGUCCUCUGGGAGUCAAAAAUGUUGUUGGAGAUGUUCAGUUCAAGAUCCACCUAUGAUGGUUUUCUUUCACGGGCUUUAGCUCAAGUGAAUAAAUUACUCAAGACUGUUGAAGAGAUGGAGUCAAGUACAGGAGAAAAUUCUAAAGAUACCCUGACAUCUAAUUUGGGAAAUGAUACAUGUGAAAAAAUGGAAGAUGUGAUUUUGUCAGAACACACUCAGACAGGAGCUAAGUCUCCAUUAACAAAGCCUCCAGCACAAGAAAAUAGGCAUAUGGAAAUUUGGUCCGUCCUUGAAAAUGUAUGGAACAGAAUCAAUGUGUUCAGUUUUGAAAUUUUCCAAAAAGUAGACCUUAGUGCUAUACCCCCGACUUCGAAUAUGUCUUCAUUUCAAGAAGCUUUUAUGGGUCUGCAGAAAUUAAUGAGCACAGUGAACGAAAUUCUUGCUGGAAUUCAGCAAGUUUUAGUGCCAAAUUGUAGCUUUCAGGAUGUUUGGGCUUUGUAUAGGUUCUUAACUAAUAAUGAGGUAAAUAAUAGUACAAAAUUUACUGCUGAGGAACUUUAUGACUGUAUUUCCCAAGAAACAUACAGAACACGGUUAUCAGUUGGAUGUGGCCAACUAAUUCAACUGGAACAUACUGUUAGACAGUGCUAUGAAUCGGUCCUUUUGGAAAUCAAGAACAGAGGAUGGCUCUAAGUCCUUCAAUUAACUGAAACAUUUGAAAGACUGGUUUUCACCAAGCAAAAUAAACCUAUGACCCAGCUACCUAAAAAGUUUAAACCUCUGUAAUUUAUUGAUCUUUCUUGCUGUUUUUAGCAACUUUGUUUGACGAUCACACUUAAAGAAACAUUAAUCCAUGGUUUGGCCUUAUUUUAUACAUGUUUGUAUAUGUGUGUGUUUCCACUUCCUGGAAGAAGGCAGAGAUAGAACUGGGACCAUGGUGAAGGGAUUUUUAAAUCUCCUUGACAACAUUAGCUUUUACUUCUCAGGUAAAUCACUACUUUACAGGUAGAGUAAUUUUUAAAUCUUAUAUUACCCAUUCCGAGAGCAAUAUUCUAAUGACAAUGACAUACAGUCAUGGUCGAAAUUGUUGGCGCCCCAGAAAUUUUUCCAGAAAAUCAAGUAUUUCUCACAGAAAAGUAUUGCAGUA